AUGAGCCUUGCACGGUCGCUUCGAGGCUCGUGUGCCUGCAACAGGAACCAGUACCUUAUCAGAGCCCCUCAAGAUGCUAGGGAGGGGGUACAGGUUCGUUUUGGAACAGACGCGUCUCAUCGCCUCGCCCAAGCCAGCCUUCUCUCUGCGCACAUUCGCAUCCCCUUGAACUGGUUCUACUCAGCUACCGUUGCCUAUUUCCCCGACGAGACCGCCAGCAGCAUCCGUCGUGUGUAUGAGAAUCCGGCCGAGAACAAUGCCCGCCGCCAGUUCUGCGGCUACUGCGGCACUCCUCUAACGUUUUGGACUGAACAGCCACGAGAUGAGGCCGAAUACAUCCAUGUCACCCUUGGGAGCCUUUGCCGUGACGAUCUGGGGGAUCUCGACGAGAUGGGCUUGAUUCCUGAGUCCCCGACUGAGGGAGAAAGCUCGGGGCUGCCCGUGAGAGGGGCCCUAGAGGCGGUUCAGCAGGCAAGCGAGACAGACCGGGUCUCUGCCACGCUCUCGACUGCCUCGCAGCCAAUUGGUCGGGAGUCUCACGGGAUUCCAUGGAUUGAAAGCCUCGUGGAGGGAAGCAGCCUGGGCGGCAGGCUCAAGAGGGCAAGUGUAACGCGCCGGAGUGCCGAUGGCUCAACUUGGGCACAGUGGCAUAUUGUCGAGUACAACGGAGAUGACGACGCUGACAGCGAGCCUGACGGACCUUCCGGUAACAACGGAAAGCGCAAAAGGGACACCAGCGAUGAUACGGAGGGUGUUACCCAGCAGUGA